AUGUCUAAUUCUGACAAUCAACAAGGGGAACAAAAUGCCCCACAUACAACAGGCACUAAUGUGUCCACUUCGAUCGGAACAUAUAAUGUGAUCCCUUCGAAUGCACAGUCUGUUGCAUCUUCAACCAGUAAUAUAGCCACCAAUGGAGCAAGUGGCAUAUCAACUAAUAGUUCGAUCUUAGGAAAUACUGGAACCAUUGGUUACCCUGGGGGAUUCGUUCCACCAUCAGGGACACAAUCCCAUUUCGCCACUCCAUUAACUAGACCACCCGGUUUCGAUGGAAAUAGAACCAGAAAUUCCUCUUAUGGAAUGCCAACAUCUUUUAUGGUAGGUUUACACAAUUCCACAUCGAAUUCAUCCCCACAACUAGGGUCUGGGUCUGGGGCGAAUCAGUUUAUGACAAAUAACCAAGGGUCAGUGGGUUAUAGCACAAUGCCUAUCUUAACCACAGAAAACCAGUUGGCUUUUAGGCAAUUGAUGGAUGACAGUAACCAUAAUAUGAUAGGGGUGUUAGCACAAACCAUGCAGGAGAUAUUUGUCCCAAUAGUGCAAAAUGUGACUGUGACAAACAGGGAAAACACUGACAACAUGAGUCGAAUAGCAGAUUUCUUUGCUCCCCCAGAAAGGCGUAGGCAGAAUCAGGCGGGAUUUCGAGCAAACAUGCCUGUUAUAGAACAAAUUGCUAACGACCCAAUUUAUAGACCACCCAGAGAAGAAGUUAACUUAGGGGCCAGGGCACCAAGGUUAGAAGCCCCAAUGAUCCCAGGCCCACAAAGAGAAAUUAUGGAACCAGGGGCAAGGGUCGAAAGGCUAGAAGCCCCAGAGUUUCGAGAAGAACAACCUAGGGGAGUUGUCUUGGUUGGUCGAAAUCAAGAUGCCGAUGCUGUCGUUCAUAGAAUUCGAAACGAUAACAUCUUGGCAGAAAACAAUCUAACCACCAUGAUAGAGAGAGUCAUGGCCCAGAAUGGCCUCAACACAGGAAUGAGAAGGCCAAAUUAUGCUUCUCCUAUAUUGGAUUGCAUAAUGCAUACUGAUUUACCAAGGGGAUAUAAAGUCCCUAAAUUUACAAAGUUCGCUGGGGAUACCAAUGAGUCAACAGUCGAACACAUAGCGAGAUAUCUAACCGAAGCGGGAGAUAUAGCCAAUAAUGAAGAUCUCAGGAUCAAAUACUUCCCAAGUUCCUUAACUAAAAACGCCUUCACAUGGUUUACCACUUUGCCUCCUGGGUCCAUUGAUACUUGGGCUCUUUUGGAGAGAUUAUUCCAUGAACAAUUUUACAUGGGACAGUCGAAAAUAAGCUUGAAAGGAAUUGGCCAGUUAGUGCCUGAAUAUGAGUUAGUCGAAAUGGCCGCUGGUGGCUUGGAUUAUUCUAUUCGAAAGAAACUAGACACUCAAUAUUUGAGGGAUAUGGCUCAGUUAGCCGAUAGGGUUCGACAGGUCGAAAGGCUAAAGGCCGAAAAAGCCAGAGUCUUUAAGAAUAGCAAGAAAGAAAGGAUUUCCUAUGUUAGGACUGAGGAAGCAGAAGAAUAUCCUGAAUUCGAAUUCGAAGAGGUCGAAAUCGACCUCGCUGAAUUAAAAUAG